AUGGUUGUUGUUACUGAAGAAAUUGUAAAUGGAUUAAAAGAAACAUUAACAGAUGUUUCACAACCAAUUGCUAAAAGAUUUAGAUCAUUAUUUACAUUAAGAAAUUUAAAUGGACCAUUAUGUAUUGAUGCUAUGGCUAGUGCAUUAAAUGAUAAAUCAGCAUUAUUAAGACAUGAAAUUGCAUAUUGUUUAGGACAAAUGGAAGAUGAAUAUGCAUUAAAAGUUUUAAUUGAUUUAGUAAAGAAUAGUGAUGAACAUCCAAUGGUACGUCAUGAAGCAGCAGAGGCAUUAGGAGCAAUUGGUAGUGAAAGUGCUCAUAAAACAUUGAAAGAGUAUUCAAAUGAUCCAGUUAGAGAGGUUAGUGAAACUUGUCAAUUGGCAUUAUCAAGAGUUGAAUGGUAUGAAAAGAAUAAACCAGAAACAGAAGAGGAUAAAAUGUAUAUGUCAGUAGACCCAGCUCCACCACUUAAAAAAGGAUCUGUUAGCAGAGACGAAUUAAGAUCAAAAUUUUUAGAUUCAAAUUUAGAUAUUUUCAAUCGUUAUAGAGCAUUAUUUUCAUUACGUGAUAUUGGUGAUGAACAAUCUGUUCUCGCCUUAUGCGAUGGUUUAAAAGAUCAAUCUUCAGCUUUACUCAGACAUGAGGUUGCCUUUGUUUUAGGUCAAUUACAACAUCGUGUAGCUAUUGAUCCAUUAACAACUUGUGUUUUAGAUGAAUCUGAAAAUGCAAUGGUACGUCAUGAAGCUGCUGAAGCUUUGGGCGCAAUCGCUUCAACUGAAACUAUCCCAUUAUUAGAGAAAUUAUUACAAGAUAAAGAACCAAUCGUUAGUGAAUCUUGUGCUGUAGCUUUAGAUGUAACUGAAUAUUUUAAUAAUACUGAAUCUUUUCAAUAUGCUGAUGGUAUUAAAAUUUUAUUAGAAAAGAAUUUGGUUGACCAACAACAAAAAUAA